AGUAUAACUGAGCGCUGAGCGCUUAACGCCCAUAGGUUGAAUCAGUUCUUGUUGAACUUGGUCGAAAAAGGCUCGAAAUCAUCGUGUCUACUCAUUAUCUUGGACUUCUCGCUGCAAUUUAUGAUUCCUUUCUUACCACGAAGUGUAACGAGGAAACUACCAACAGCAUCCACACGAAGCACUCCGGGGCGGCAUUUGACCUCAGGUCAAGCGACGGCUUCGAAGACGCAAACCGUUGAAGCUAUUGAACCCCAUCCGUCUCAGUCGGAUAAUAAAGGGAAACACAAAGAUGUCUGUGCGAAUCCGGCGUAUGACGAAGAGUAUGCCUGCCUUGUAUACUUAUCCAUGUCGGAGUAUGCUCUAUGGUCCAACCCGGAUCUGAGACGGAGGCUGGAGAUGAGCGACGAAGGAUCCUGAGCACGUAGUUAUUCCCUUGGCAUACCUUAUGGAACAUUUAGCCCCUUUGUCUCCCAUAACGAAUGAGCUCACAGAAGCGACCCUGGUUAAGACAAUUCGCACACAUGCUGCGGAUACCUUCGACGUUCGUAUGCUCAUGGAAAAUCCUUCUCGAGCUGGCUGGUACGGAAAGGAUAUCUCACAUGAGACCUCCAAAGGUGGUUUCGAGGUACGGCGCAAGGAUUGGAGGGAAGUCCUUUCUUGCGCCAGGAACCGAAGUAGACGCGACUGGGAAGGUUUAACUGUAUAUGUGGAAAAUAUCCCGCUGCAAUACCGAACUGUUCCAGGAAUAUUCAAGUUUAUACAGUCAUUGACGGACGUAGCGUACACUACGGCCAUUUCAACCGAGUUGCAGGUGCAGCAGAUUUUGUUACCCAAGCAUUUUCGAGAUAAGGCAACAGACCAGCCAAAGUGCAAAGGCUUCGCUCUUGUCACACUGUCUAGCACUGAAGGGCUCGAAUACUUGCUUCACCGCUGGCCCUGGCAACGCCGCAUCAACGCUGCAGAUGAGGAUUGGUCACCUCAAGAAUGUGAAGCUCACAAGUUCGGCUUCCGUGUCUUACCCAAGGCUCAAUGGGCCACAUUAAAUGAGGAAUACAUUGCAUACCGACAAUCCCUCCUCAAUCAGAUCGCAGAGACAGAAGUUCCCGAGCUUCACGCGAAGAGUGACUUGGAGGAAGUUGUAGAACGUGAAAUUCCCGCACUUACACCUGCACCGCCAGGGCCGGAAUCACCAGACCAUGGACAAACUACCAUCGCGUCCCCCUAUCCUUAUAAUUGCCUCGUCUUCGUACGGAAUAUCCAUCCAGAGACGAACAAGACCACACUUCGUACACUAUUUGCAAAAGCCUUCGUGAUCUGUGAUCGUAUUUUACCUUCCGGUGAAGGAGUGGAUUAUGUCGACUUCAACAAGGGUAUGAAUACGUGUUUCUUACGACUAGCUACUCCAACACACGCAGAAGUUCUCAUCGCACAUUUUUCUUCUACACCUACGACGCAAGCGGAUGGCCUUGACGCUGGCGGUCAUUCGCCGACGGGCAACAAGAAACCAAUCGCUGUGGAACUAGUGGAUGGAACAAGAGAAGAGUUGUACUGGGGUAAAGUCCCAGAGAAGGUCCGGCGACAGGCCGUCCAGCGAGUUGUUGCUGCGACUGCUAGCAAUUUCAAAGUCCAUGGAACUUGUAACAAGGAAGAAGGCGGUGGAGAGUCGCAAACAGGUCCGAGACGGCGUCGCAAGAGACGGAAGAUGGACUCAUAGUGUGUCUGUAACAGUAGUGCACUAGUUGUAUUACAGUCUAUUACUGACAUAGUCAUGAGUUCAAUUGACUAGGAAUUCGGCUACAAGCUUCAUAUAUUUCUGACGCUCCUCCAGGAAAGGAGUGUGACUAGAAUUCUCAAAGGU